AUGCAAGUUUUUACCGACCCAUACUUCGAAAACACAGCAUCAAAGGACUUUCAAUUCCUAGAUUACUAUCGUCACUGGCAGAAACAAGCUGAUUUUUACUUUUCAUUUUCAGAAGAGGCAGACAGGCUUUGGCGUUAUCUGAAGUCAUUGGCGGAUUUUGGCUUGGAUAACGUUAAAUCAGCUGCCAAGCGGAUGCAAAGCUUGCUUCAGA